CGUGGCUCUUUAUUGAGUCGUCCUACUGGAAGUUUUCUUCCAGGUUUCAAAUCUGAAUUGCCUAAAAAGGCUUCAAGUUUCACUGAAGAUUUUGAUACUGAUCCACCAACAAAUAGUAAUACUACUACUAAUAAUAAUAAUAACAGUAACAAUAAUCAGAAUAACCGUCGUGGUAAUCAUGCACACUUAUUAGGUUUACGCAAUAAAGUUGGUCUGUCGUGUUUCAGUGUUGUUACACCAAAUGUAAAAUCAGAGAAAAGUGAUCCAUCAUUUGAUAAUAAUGUUGAUAGUGGAAGCAAUCAAUCAGCUGUUCAAGGAUCUUCUAAGAAUACUACUAUGAAGCAUAAACGUUCAAUGGACAUGAUUAAACCGCAUUCAGCUUUGUUAAGUCCUCCAAGUUUAAAACGUCAUCGAUCGUCUAGUGUAUUUACAGCACUUCUGUGAAUAAACAAAUAAAAAUUGUUUGGAUAUUUUCUCCCCGUUUUUAGUUCACUUUAACGUUUACGUGUCUUUCGGUGAAUUUCUUCUCUUUUUGUAUAUCAAAAUCCACAGAGCAGCAGAUACAGACAGUACGUGUGUGUAUGAUACCAGAUAGAUUAACUUCUUUUCUAAAGAAUAUACAAUUUUUUGUGUAUUAUAUUCAUUCCUUUAUUUCAGUGUACAUUGUAAUAAAUUGAUAACUAACUAUGUGUGAUAAUAAAGUGCAAAUGUCUUG